GGUUAGAAGCGAGAUUCGGUAAGAAGCGAAAUUUAACACGUCUACGUUCAGCGAAAUGGUAUUUCUGACUAAACCUUUCUCAUCUGAUUUUAUUCGUUGAAGAGUUUCAUACGAUUGAAGCAGUUGUCAAAAAUUAUUUGGGAACCCUGAGUUUUCUGACUUUGUCUUUGAAUUUUAGAUGAUUUGCUGCGGGCACUGGAUUAAGAAACAAUGGGAGCUCUUUUUAUGCAAAAAGUGCAGCAACUAAUCCUGAACCCAGAAUCUUGCUCGUUAACUGUGUUCCCUCUUCCUGAAAUGAUGUCCUCUGGUUGCAGCACUCAGUCUCAGUGCACAGUUAUUCCAGAAGCUAGGCUUCAGGCCAGAAAUGCUUCAGACAGUGGUAAUACUAUUUACAAUAGUCAAGUCCAGACAAAAGUCUUCCCACGACAGCCUAGAGCAUAUUCCUCUGCCAUUUUAGCUCAGUUUAUCCACCUGCACCUAUCUACUAUCAAGGACUUGCUCUAUGUUUCCGGACAUCACUCUACUGUGUCUUGCAGUGAGUCUGAAGUGGAUGCUGUCAUAGAAAAGGAGAAGAAACCGUCAUUUCAGGGGUUGGAUGAUUUUACGAAACGUAAUGGUGAUUGGAUGACCAGCACCCCUGUGCUCACGGAAUCAAACAAGUUUCGAUCGACAGGCGUCUCGUUGUGGAUGCCGUACCGACGUCAGUUCUCUUAGCUCAGCAACAGGUAAAAUGGAGGAUGCCAGGAUUUGGAUGACAUGGCCGGUAGCAGCAGCCAGAGAGCACAAUAAGGAGAGAAGGGAUGCUGAUGAAAAAGCCAAAGGGCACAAUACUACUUCCCUUUUCAUCUUCGCUUCCUUCUGGCUAGCUUGAAACGUAGUCGAUGAGAUUGGCGUUGUUGAAGACGCCGAUAUCCAUAAGCAUGUCGUUGACGUCAGGCGUGAAGGAGAACUCGAAAUGGGAACCGGAAGAAAGAGAGGCCGAACCGAUUGGGUCGAGAUCGUUGACGGCCAACGUGUCAAUGUCCAGCUUCAUGUCGGGUGGAAGGGAAAAGAGAUCCGUCGAGAUCCGUCAACGAGUCCAAAACAGUCAACGACGACUCACCAGUUCCGCUGGCCGAACUCAUCAUCAAACUCGGCUCCUAAUUGAUGCGCAUUGACGAGUGAUUCGAUUCGCCAUUUUUGCCGCCCACUCCGCCGCCGUUGAAGACCGAAAUGGCGUGACUGGGCGAUUCGUCCAUGUCCUCCGACUCGGCGUCCGGCUAGGGAGUCAAAGUUGCCACCAAAACAUCGCGGGCUCGCUCUUGAUGCUCAACGAGCCCAGGCUGAGAUGCGAUUGACCGCCAGAGUUGCUUCUGCUCCUGGGUGACCAA